AUGUUUGGCAACAUGAAGAUAGAGCCAAAGAUGAGCUAUCGAAAGAUUGUUGGGGUCAAUGGUCCGCUUGUAAUUCUGGAUAACAUAAAGUUCUUGAAGUAUGCAGAGAUCGUAAGUCUUACACUUCCUGAUGGUAGUGUACGUCAAGGACAGGUUCUUGAAGUAUGUGGGAAAAAGGCUGUUGUCCAGGUGUUUGAGGGAACAGCUGGAAUUGAUGUGAAGGAGACACAGGUUACAUUUACUGGAGAAACAUUGAAGAUGGCGAUUUCUGAGGAUGUGUUAGGACGAGUGUUUAAUGGAAGCGGAAAGGUGAUUGACGGAGGGCCUAGCAUUAUAGCAGAGGAUUAUCUUGACAUCCAGGGACAGCCUCUGAAUCCACAUGCAAGGACGUAUCCUGAGGAAAUGAUUGAAACAGGGGUUUCAUCGAUCGAUGUGAUGAAUUCUAUUGCAAGAGGGCAAAAGAUCCCGAUAUUCAGUGCUUCAGGGCUUCCACACAAUGAAAUAGCAGCGCAGAUCUGCAGACAGGCCGGACUUGUGAAGAAGAAGGAUGCACUUGAUGGAAGCAAAGAGAACUUUGCGAUUGUGUUUGCAGCAAUGGGAGCAAAUGUGGAGACAGCAAACUUUUUCAAAAACAGCUUUGAGGCAUCUGGGUCGAUUGGAAGGACCGCAUUGUUCCUAAACCUUGCGAAUGAUCCAACAAUAGAAAGGAUAAUAACACCCAGACUUGCACUUACAGCUGCUGAGUAUCUUGCGUAUGAGACGGAAAGACAUGUGCUUGUGAUUAUGACAGAUAUGAGUUCGUAUGCAGAUGCAUUGAGAGAAGUGAGUGCAGCAAGAGAAGAGGUUCCAGGACGAAGAGGAUACCCGGGAUACAUGUAUACUGACUUGAGUACGAUAUAUGAGCGGGCAGGAAGACUAGAAGGAAGGAAUGGAUCUAUAACACAAAUUCCAAUACUGACAAUGCCUAAUGAUGACAUUACACAUCCGAUUCCUGAUCUUACAGGAUACAUAACGGAAGGACAGAUUUAUGUUGAUAGACAGAUGCACAACAGACAGAUAUAUCCGCCGAUCAAUGUGCUUCCAUCACUUUCUAGGCUUAUGAAGAGUGCGAUUGGAGAGGGAAUGACACGUAAGGAUCAUGGAGAUGUGUCUAACCAGCUGUAUGCAAAGUAUGCGAUUGGAAGAGAUGCGCAGGCAAUGAAGGCCGUAGUUGGUGAAGAAUCGCUUUCUACCGAAGAUAAAGUCUCGAUUGAAUUUCUUGAGCGGUUUGAGAAGGAGUUUAUCAGUCAAGGACACAAUGAGAGCAGAACUAUAGGAGAGUCACUUGACAUUGCAUGGAGUUUGUUGAGGACGUUUCCAAGGGAGAUGCUUAAUAGGAUUCCUGGAGAAAUACUAGACGAGUAUCAUUCCAGUAUAUCCAGGGAGGUUGAUUGA